CCAACGUCACAACAAUUGACCACAGCACAAAUCAGCUGUCCCAGUCGAGCUCGGUAAACAUAAAUAAAGUGAGCCGCGCGCGCGGUGGCGAGAAGUUUUUCCCUUUUCCCAAGGCCGCAGGCCUUUUUGGCUCCAAGGCAAGGAUGCAAUAGUUACGCGUUGUUACGGAACAGCGAGCGAAAAUCGUCCUUCCCCGUUUCCGAAGACAAGUUCUGCUGAACGUUGCAUGCGUUCUGUGUGUUUUUGUUUGUUAACGUGUUAGUUAGUUUGUAUAUAUAUAUAGACACAAACCAAUUUAAUUCGCUAUGGGUCGAAAUGUUUUAGUUAGCAGCUUGCAGAAUGCCUCCUUUAGCAUCGUCUUCCAGAUCAUCUGCCGGUGUAUCACAUUCGCCAUCAAUGCAUUCAUUGUGCGAAACGUAGGCCGCGAGGUACUGGGGAUAACGAAUGUGCGUUUGCUGUUGCUCGAGAGUACCCUCCUGUUCCUUUCGAAGGAAGCGAUCAUCCGAUCGGCCCUUAGCUCCCGCCACAACAAGCAGUGCAGUUGGGCGCAACUUGUUAACCAGCUGUGGAUAACCGUUCCCGUAUGCUUUACGCUUGCCAUCCCAUGCCUAUACAUAUGGCUAAACUGGCUUUCACCCGUGGAUGCUAUCUACAGCGAACAGUAUCGGUUCGGCUGUUUCGCCAUAGCCUUCUCUUGCAUCAUCGAAAUGACGGCCGAAGCACCAAUCUUUGUGGGACAGGUGUUCUGUUUUGUGAAGCUUAAGGUCAUCCUCGACACUGGCCACAUCUUCAUCCGAUCGUUCAUUUUCAUCCUGAUCGUACUGCUGAACAAGGACGUUACGAUCUACGCUUUCGGGAUCGCACAAAUUACGAGCGCGUGCACGAUUAUCGUCGGAAACUAUGCAUUCUACUACUUUUAUAUACCGCGGUUGCUGCAGUAUCGGAAGGAACUGAAGAGGCUAGACGAUAAGUACGUGCUGCGGGAGCGCUAUGGACAGCAUUAUGAAAAUAUGGACGAUUUCCCGUUUGUUUCCAUCAAGCAAAUGCUUCCGGGAGUGUUACCAAACUCGAACUCCAUGUUCAAUUCCGACCUACAAACGCUUGUACUGAGCUUCGCCAAGCAGGGCAUCCUGAAGCAGGUGUUAACCGAGGGCGAAAAGUAUGUGAUGUCCGUCAGCCCGGUGCUGACGUUUAGCGAGCAGGCAACAUAUGAUGUUGUGAACAAUAUGGGCAGCCUAGCUGCACGAUUCAUCUUCCGUCCCAUCGAGGACAGCAGCUAUUUCUAUUUCACCCAAACGAUCGCACGCGAUACGACGCUUGCGGAGCAAAAGCGUGAGCUGGUACUGGAAGCAUCGGACGUGCUGGCGUACGUUAUGAAAACGGUGACCUCCAUCGGGUUGCUUGCGUUCGUGUUUGCACAAAGCUACUCCGGCACAGUGUUGCUUCUGUACGGUGGGUCAGACUUUGUCGAAGGAGGUCUUCCCGAGCAGCUGCUUCGCUGGCACAGCCUCGCAAUCGUUCUGCUUGCCCCGAACGGCAUCACCGAGGGCUAUAUGUUUGCUACCAACACAUCCAAACAGAUCGACACCUACAACUACUAUAUGGCGUUCUUCUCCGUCACAUUUCUGCUGCUAUCGUACCAACUGACCAAUUGGUUCGGACCGGUCGGGUUUAUAUUGGCCAACUGUUGCAACAUGAGCUUCCGCAUUAGCUACAGCGUGUUUUACAUUAACAAACACUUCCGGUCGGUUGGUAUGUUGCCGUUGCGGAAAUCUCUGCCCGGCCCGAUGUACCUGAGCGUGCUGAUUGUGUGUGGCAUUGUGUGCAAAAUUUCCGAAGCAUAUUUCAGUGAACGUUCCAUUCUGUGCCAUCUGCUAGUUGGUGCGCUUUGCACUGGACUGUCCGUUGGUACGUGGAGCUUUGAAAAUCGGGAACUGUUGCGCACGGGAUUGGCGCGGUAUCGGUCGCGCAAGCAAAGUCUGACACCGACCGAAACUCCCGGAAACUAAAAUCUCCUCCUUUUUCUUGACAAGUUCAAUCCGUACCAAAGACAUUGUAGAUGGCUUGCUCGCCAUCUACGCUAGCAAUUUUACAAUAUCUUUUUGUAUUGGCGAGUGAGGGCUUCUCGCUUGUAUAUGAAGGCGGCUAAACGAAAUUGCUUAAGCUCUAUUGUGCACAACGAAUGACGACGACCAUUCAUGAACAAUAUGAUCAAAUUCACGCGGAAAUUUAUAUUAAAUAAGUAAUAAAAUGCUACCGAUAGGAA